GCCCUCCAUCCCCGUUCUAUUUGGAGCGGAGCCCAUCCUAUCAGGAAUCUUGUCAUCCCUUUCUCCACAACGUUAUUACCUUAAUUAUGAUCAGUGAUUUGAGAGAGACCACGAUACUCCCGACCACACCCAACAACUCUCCAACUCCAUUUGUAUUUUAGUUCUUUUUUUUUCUUAAAUUAAAAAUAUUUGUCCGCUCUACUUUGGAACAGACACAUCAUACAGAGUCACACACUCUCUCUCUCUCUCUCUCUCUCUCAUUGAGGAGCAACGGAAUCUCUCAGAAAAUCGAAAACAAACCCUGGCUUGUUCUGCAAGCUUCAGUUUGAGAUUGAAGAUUAAGCCCUCCAGAGUUGUAAAUUCGAAGAUGGGAUCUGGAGCUGGAAGUUUCCUUAAAGUUCUUCUCAAGAACUUCGAUAUUCUUGCUGGGCCUGUGGUUAGUCUUGUUUAUCCUCUAUAUGCAUCAAUUAGGGCAAUUGAGACUAAAUCCCCUAUUGAUGACCAGCAGUGGCUUACUUAUUGGGUUCUAUAUUCUAUGAUUACUCUCUUUGAGCUCACCUUUGCCAAGCUUAUUGAAUGGAUCCCAAUCUGGUCGUAUGCCAAGCUUAUUGUCACCUGCUGGUUGGUCAUCCCCUUCUUCAGUGGCGCUGCAUAUGUUUAUGAACAUUUCGUCCGACCCUUCUUUGUCAACCCUGGGUCGCAGACUAUUAACAUCUGGUACGUGCCGAGGAAGAAGGACAUCUUCAGUAAACCAGACGACAUCUUAACUGCUGCAGAGAAGUACAUUGAAGAGAAUGGGACUGAAGCGUUUGAAAAGCUCAUCCACAGGGCUGACAGGUCUCGGAGGAACGAGGGUCACUCAAUCUAUAAUGAUGACCACAGGUAUUGAGCCUUGUUGCUGUAAUUAUGUAUGUUUUCUAGUUAGUUCCUUGUGAAGGGGGAGAAAAACAAGAAGGGAAAAGGCAUUGUCUAUUUA